AUGUCGUUUAAUGAUAUCGCUUUGACAGAUGACGAUCCUCUUUUCAGAGAAACUCACUACGCACGCUAUGGCUAUGAAAGAACGAAUAUAUUUGGUCUUGUCACCUUGGAUUCACGAUUGCCGACUUACAUGGACAAACCAGAUGAAUUUCCAUCAGCACGCAUUGAUAAACUACCAGCAGAGCCAGCGCCAGAAUAUACCCAACCAUUAUCAAGACCUGUUCGACACUUUAUAGCAGCCUCAUCAUCAGAACUUACUGCCUUCAUAUCUCGUGAUGGAUAUUGGAACUGCUUAAACAUCACACUUGGAUUAGAAGCAGGAAAAUCAGAAGUGAUUGCGAUUGAUGCAGUAGAAUCCAGCGUGGAUGAUAAAAUCAGCUUAUUUGUUGCAUUGGCUGUUGCAGAAAAAUCGGAAGAAGAAGAAAGCGAGGAUGCAUCGCUAUCAUAUAGUCUAAGGAUUUAUGGCAAUGACACAGAGACAAAGCCGUUCUUGGAGCAGGCAUUGUUUGCCAUUGGCGAUGCCAGCCAAAUUAUACCAUUGUCGUCAGCGCCAAUGCAGAUAUCGCAUGUUCCAAUCAACAUGCAUGGCAAAUCACAAACGGCAUUUCUAUUGACAUCAAUGGAUGGCAUCAUUCACUUAUAUGCACAGAGCUCUGAGACGAACCAGUUUGUCGAGAUGCCAUCAUCUGCCUGUUUUCCAAUGAUGGGCAAGAUAUCCAACCAUCGCACAAACAUACUGUUUAUGCAUAUAUUGGAUCAGCCAAAUGGAAAUAGAGUGAUUUGCGCAGGAGGACAGAAUGGAGAACUCUUUCUUGGUUUCUACAACAAGGACGGAAGAGAAACCAAAUCGCAUGCAAUUCGAAUAUUCAGUCCUAUUACAUCUGUGUUGGUAUUUCAGCCAAGAGCAUCGAGUAAGACUCGGGAAGACGAUGAAUUACAUCUCGUAGUGACAUGUGCUAUUGAACAAGCUAUCGUGUACAGAUCCAUUGACACAGACGGCCUCUCUACGAGCAAAACACUGCCGUUGUCUGGUAACUUUGAUAGUGUUUUAUGCUCGCAUGUGAUGGAUGUGGACUGGGACGGAGAGAAAGAAAUCUUGAUUGGCACGUACGGCAGACAGGUGCUGAUCUACAAGCAAGUGUCAGGCACACAAGUGUACACCGUACUUUGGAAGAGACAGUUUGCCUAUCCUAUUUAUCGCAUGACACAUCUGGAUCUCAACCGCGAUGGAUUAGACGAACUGAUUGUCACCACCAUGUACGGUGUCCACAUCUUCCAACCCAACAUGAAGAAAGCCAGAGAGAAACUGUUAGAAGUACUUCAAUUUGUAGAGGCUUCCAAGCGUCAAAAAUACGAACUCUUGAUGGAUUAUCAACGACAAAAGGAACUGGAGAAGUCAAUUGUAUUUGAAAUAAAUUAA